CACGCCUUUUAGGAGCGGUAAACUAGAAAAAAUCGUUUUCUUCCAAUGCUGAAUUUGAUAGUCUUUCAAAUUCUUAAAAAUGAAAUGUUAGGUUUAGAUUAAAUUAAUUUUUUGACAAAUAAAAUAUAUUUUUAUUGAAAAAGAAUGUUGAAAUUGUGGGUGUGUUUAUCUGAGUUUGAUUUCCAAUCCUACAGUAGCGCCACUUGUAGCGUAGCUUUUUGCUGGUCGUUUGAGGUUAUGUUAUGACUAAUAUUUACAAACAUUAUUAUUUUAAACUGUGAUUUGAAUUUUAUUCUUUUUUUAAUUUAAAAAAAUGUAUUUUGGUUUGAUCUGCAGUAUUUUUAUUGCUCUUUCAUAUGUUCAAGAAGGUUUGGCAGUGCAAUGCUAUCAGUGUUCGUCAGCCGAAGACGCUGAAGGCGAAGAUAACUGUGGCGCUUAUAAGAAAUUCAACAAAGACAGGCACAUCGCUGUAGAGUGCAGUAGUGAUGAAUCUGUAACACCUGGUACAUUUUGUAUGAAAAUAACACAGCAAGGACCUCGAGGUUUUAUAUGGGACGGAAGGUGGAGGCAGGUUAUCCGUCGCUGUGCGUCAGUGGCCGAAACCGGAGUGACAGGCGUUUGCAACUGGGGCGUCAUGGAGAACGGCGUCUAUUGGGAGGAGUGCUACUGCUCAGGAGAUGGCUGCAAUUCUGCAUCAUUCCUAUCCUUCUCACCUACACUUGCAACCCUAUGCAUUCUAGUAGCUAUAUCCAAGUUUCUACCACUAUGAGAUGAUACCUCUCAACAAGAAAAGCAUCUGACAUGGAUUGUCAAUCGUCUUUCAAAAGCUGCCUUAUAAAAUAUAAUUAGGAAAAACAAGGAAUUACGUCAAAUUGGUCAAGAUACUUGAAAAUACGGGCAUAUCAUUCCAAACAGUCGACUAGGUAAUCAAAAUAUCUAUCAUUUGUACAAUUAGGCCCGCUGCACAAAAGCUAAAUUUUAAUCUUGAUUAAAUGACACGAGAAACAACCAGAUAAGUUUUUUUCGAAAAGAAGGGUACUCUGAUUGGUUCUCAUGUCAUUUAAUCUUGAUUAAAGUUUCGCUUUUCUGCAACCUUACAUAGUUGUGUUUUCUAUUUCAAUUUAUUCUAGAUACUUUUAUACUAAUUCAUGAUGUACAUCUUUAAACUUGACCUCUAGCGAAGUUCUAGGUGAAACACAGUUCUUAUAAUUAAUGCCCUUUUUUUACUUAUACAAAAUUAUAAACACGAUGUACGUACAGUUUUAGCUUUGAUGUUUAGUAAACUAAUUAUUAAACUUUUAAUAUUGUGCACCAUUUGUAAAAUUUAGAAUGUAGAUUUAGGCUUACAUUAGGCGGGAUACACUGUAGAACAAGGGAUCUGUAUUCUUAUAGUACACACUUGUAUCUAUGGAAAAUGUUUUUAAUUCAAUAAGCAAAAUGACAUUGUAAGUACCGUAAGUUUGUUGAAGUGGGAUUUCAAUAAUGCCAUGGACUAUUUGACUACUUAAUCAAUUAUUCCUUGAUCAGAAGCAAUGAAACUUUUUAAUCAAACGAACUGAGAAAGUCAGUAAGAUUUUAGUAAAAAAUAUUCGUAAAUAUAUUUUUAGAUCUUAUAAUUAUUUUCAACUAUGAGCACGUGCUCACUAAUUUUGCUCUGAAUAGUUUUUAUCGCUCUCAUUUUUAUCGGUAUAGGCUCAGUGUAUUGAAUAGAUGUACAUAGUGCCUUAUGAAUUUCGUAUUUCGUAUUCUACUAUAGGCCUGUCACAAUAUUGUUAUCACACAAACAUGAAGGAAACACCUUUUUACUGAAUUUGAGAUUGACUACUCUACUUGUUAAUAUUGUUUUUGGAAUUUAUUAAAAGUAACCGUAUUGAUACAUCAUCACCAUAGAAUGAGUUGUUCACCAUAGAACGAGUUGUUCACCAUAGAACAAACACUAUGUUGAAAUUCUAGACUAGUAAUACACUAGCAUGGUGUAGUAGGCUACGGCUACACCAUAUUAUUCAUAGUAAAGUUAGUGCCUUCGAAUCUCAAUAUCUUAAUUGUUAUGUAGUUGAUCACAAAUCAUAUUAUCGUGAUUUGUGCUUAUGCUAUAAUAUAAGAAUCCAGACUCAUCUAGUUUUCAAUGUUACUCUUUCAAUAUAUUUUAAUUGGCCUUGUGGUUUUGAACAUAAUUUAUUCUUAACACAAAUUUACUAUUUGUGCCAAUGAACUCUUUUAUUGUUACACAGUCUUUUUAGCCUGAAUUUCAAUUUAUUUAUUAAUACAAUUUUUAAUGACAUUAUUUCUUAAAAACAAGUACGGUAAGUUGCAAUUCGCAAAUCAUUCUCAGUAACAGUAUUUGCAUAUCGCUCUAUUUUAGGUUAAGCCGUCCUUCUCAUUUUAAUUCAUAAUGUUGUUUCAGAUUAAUAUAAAUGUAGGCCUAUUAUUCAUCAUUGAUUGUUAAUUUUGUAUUAAUUUAUUAGAUAAAUGUGGUUUUAAUCCGUCCUACGAUGACUUACUCAUCUUUGUCUAUUUUCUCUGCUUUAUUACCGUGAUGAUAUUAAGAUUUUUAUUAUAGCUCAAGUUCUAUUAUUGCACAGAAAUGUUCUUAGCCGUCCAACUAGAAUGGUAUUAUAUUAGUUUUUAGGUUUAUUGGCAUGUUUCAUUCAAUUUCUUUUUAUGAAUAUUUUGUAAUUUUUUUAAUGGAUUAAAUUUAUAUUAUUUUGAGUAUUA